UAAGACUGACUUGAUUGACAUCGACAUGUAAUAUUGCUUUUAUCAUUUAUGCUAUUGGCAGUGGUUUCACGUUCACCACCUUUCCAUUGUGGUUCGAUAAGUUGGUGUUAAUCGGUUUGAUCUGGGUAAUAAGUUUCUUUAGCUAGUUACCUCUUGGGGAAUGCACUCAGCACAGACUCUUCGCGUUAAGGACUUGUAUCUAUAGGUAACGUUUUGAAGAUCUACAUUUGGCCAGUCGAUUCAUCUUCACUUUCGUUUGGAUGUGCUCACCUCUGAAGUUUGGGACUAUUUGACGGAUUGUAUUACAGGGGAAGUUAUGCGCAACGUGACGAUCAAGCGCAUCACAUUGAUUAGCAGGGCUGGGCUGGGGUGGGACUCGAGGUAAAGGGCUCUUUAACAGUUACGAAUAAGGGGAGGAAAGACGGAAACAAACGAGGAAAAGCUCUGUAAACAAGAAAAACAGAGAACAUGGCCGGCGAUUGCACCUACAACAUACACAGCACUAAUGAUGACACGUUUGGUAACAAACAUUUGCUGGACAGAAAGCAGGAACUUGCAGUUGAUUCCGGUAUCUGCGAAACCACGCAGGAUAAAACACAUACAGCAGCACUUCUAUCGUCGUACUUCGAAGUAAUCGAUGGAGUGCUGUUCCGUAAAAAGUUGGAAAGGGGCUCCAUCAACUACAGGGAGGUGCUGGACAGGGACCGGCAACUCAACGCAAUCGCCACGUUCCACCAGAAGCGGCCAGGGAAGCGACACCACACCUUGGAGGACACGUACAGAUUUGUAUCAGAUAAAUACUGGUGGGAAGGGAUGUAUUUCCACAUUCGACAGUAUGUCCAGGAUUGUCAAGAAUGCCAAGCGCCGCAGAGGAGACAAGAGGUCCCUGCUAGGCCCUGCGUCUCCAAGACGCUGACCUCCCAUGGCAACGACGUGCUCCGCAAGCUGAAGGGCCAGUGGGAGGAGGGGCUCUUCUGUGACAUCACUCUGAAGACACGCGGCCGCACUUUCCCCGCCCACAGGGCCGUCCUGGCGGCCGUCAGUGAAUACUUCCAAGAGGUCUUUGCCGAGAUGGCUUCUUCCUCCAGUCCGCAGUCUGCCAUCGACCUCACUGGUUUCAGCGAGGAGAGCUUCCUGCCCCUCCUGGAGUUCUCCUACACCUCCACACUGUCCCUGAAGCUGGAGAACCUGAUGGAGAUAUCCGCUAUGGCUCGUCACUUCCGCAUGUGGGCCGUGGUGGAGGCCUGCAAGGCCAUCCGGAUGGAGCAGGGUGGCCACGGCAGGGGUGGUGUGGGUACAAACUGCUUGAGGAAGGAGGCCGGUGCCGGCUGUGGCCCAUCAGCUGGUAGCGUCUUCCCCGAGUUCCCAGACGGCCGGCGGUACCGUUCCACAGUUACGGCCGGAACGGAGGGUUUGCACAGAAAGAGGAAACGGGAGUGGAAUUCGAGGGAGGAGGAUCCUGCGGAUGAAUCAGGCUCCCUCAGGAAACGUCCUGCGCUGAGCAGGGGGCACCUUCUGGAUGAAAGCUUUAAACUGAUCCUCGAGCUGUCCGACGAGUCGGGGACGGACACCCCGAGCAAGUCGCCCGCUCGCUCUUUGCCAAAGCGUGGAAGUCCCCAAAGCGCGGAGCACCCCUGCAGCCCCGUCCGCAGGCUGAAGCUGAUGGACUUCAAGUCCCCGUCCAGCAAGAGGAAGACGUCCCCUCGCGGUGUGUCCGCCUCCUCGGCUCAGCGGCCUGUCUCUCCGCCUCACCGACAGCCCGUCCGAGCCCUGCGCUCCACCCCUGUCCCCGCCCGGGCGGAGCCACAGCGCCAGCCCAAAGCGGAGAGGUCCCCAGCAGACAGAGGUGUCAGGGGAGCCGGCACUCCCUCGGUCACCCCCUCCUCCUACUCCCCUUCCUGCUCCACAAAAUCUCAGCGGAUAGUCCCGGAGGGUAGUUCUGCCAAGCAGGAGCAGCAGGAGCAGCAGCAGCAGGAGGAAGACCUGCAGAGCUCCAAUACGCUGGAGAAGUACAGGCUGCUGAGCGUGCUCGGCCUGCAGAGGAAGUGCCUGCUGCCCGGCCCCGAGGAUCUGACCGUCCGGAAGCAGAAGAAGCGCCUGUGCAAGCUGAAGGUCAGCAGCUACUCCCUCAGCUCCCAGCGGAAACCGCGAGCCCCUGCCGCCACCGCCAGCAGCAGGAGCAGCGGCGGCAGCAGCACCGCGAGCAGCAGCGCCGCGAGCAGCAGCGCCAUGAGCAGUGGCACCGCGAGCAGCAGCACUGCGAGCAGCAGCACCGCCAGCAGCAGCGGCGGUCCGUCCUGUUCCCUGGGUGAUGGAAAGAGCACCACGUUCCUGGACAGGGUGAUAAAGACGGAGCCCCCGGAGCCACUCAGCGUAGAGGAGAUGACGGUGAGGAGGGGAGGGUGCCUUCUAGUGCCCGCGCCACCACAUGGCAGGAACGCCCGCAGCAAGGCGGCCGCGGUGCCCUCAGAACGCAGGGAGCUCAGGCGCUCUGUCAGGGGCAGGGACGCACCCCUCACAGGCCUCCGCGUCCUCCGCACCAGGAGCGUGGAGACUGGUUCCCGCACGACAAUUAGGAAAUCCGUCCGGGUGAAGAAGGAGCCCAGUACCGUCUCGAUCCAGUCCCUGGCCCUCUCCACACACCGUCAACGCAACCAUCUCAAAAUGAAGAGGGGUGACCCCCUGGACGAGCUGACAGCCAGGGUCAGCAGGAGGGCUGUCCGGGGUCAACAGUAUAGUGGCAGCAGGCCCGUAACUCAAACAGCAACACAGCAGAAAAGUGGUACUAGGGGAAGUGACUCCAAGCCCAUAAGGGUGCAGAGAGAAGGCAGACGCACUCCCCAGGAGGAGACGAAGGGGUCGAGAAAAGCGCCCGGAGUUGGGAAGCGCCCGGUUGGCAGAAGGAACGGCAGCGGCAGUCAGGUGCCUGUCCGAAGCCUGCAGAGGCCCAUCAAAGAUGAGCCGGCCGACCCCGUCCCCGUGUCCGUCCCCCCUGCCCCCGCCAUGGGCAAGCGUCAGAGCAGGCCCCCGGUGAAGCUGCUGGACCCCGGCUUCCUCUUCCACUUCUGCAGGCCCGUCGGCGCCGUGAAGAAGGAGGAGGAGACCGACGUGGCCAUCUGCCUGACCCGCUCCGUGUCGUGCGGCCGUUCGGGGGUCCCCCGGCAGGGGGUACGGGGGGGCGUCAGGGAGCCCCUCAGGUCCGACAGAAAGCAGCUGCGAGCCAAAGGCGGGGCCAGCGGGCCCCCGCUGAAGAGGAGGGCCGCGCACUGCGUCACGACGCGGGGGAGAGGAAUGCAGGACGGCCCCCGCAAGCCCGCCUUGCCCAGAGCCGUGAGAGUGAAAGCGAAAGGGGAAGUUCCAAAGAAGCUGCGGGGGCGGCUGCCGCUGCACUCCCAGCGCGCGGCGCUCCUCGAGUCCAUCCGCAGGGCGCGCCUUAAACGGCUCCGAGGGGGGCGCAGGCGCGCCGCCCCGCUGUCCUCGCACACCUGUCUCCAGUGCAGCGCCACCUACAGGAGCUGCGAGGCGCUGAUCAUGCACCGCAUCCGCCACGUGGAGGGCAAGCACUGGCCCUGCCCCCUGUGCAGCAAGACCUUCUUCAGGCAGCGGAACGUGCGGGACCACAUCCGCACGCACGAUCAGAAGCUCUACAAAUGCCGCGUCUGCCUCUCGGCCUCCUGAGGUUGGCGUCUCCUGAUGGUCCCGGCUCCUUCCGG